AUGGAAAUGUGGAUGUGGAGGAAAAUGACUAGAACAAGCUGCAUAGAACAUAAGACGAAUGAAGAAGUGCUGAACGAGAUUAAUGAAGAAAGAACAAUAAUGAACACAAUAUUGAAAAGAACAUUAAAGCUAAUUGGACAUCUACUCAUAAAUAAUGAAUUUAUUACUGUCAUUAUGGAAGGAAAAAUAAAGGGAAAAAGAUCCAGAGGAAGACCGCGUAAAUCCUUCUUUGAAGAAAUCUUCAGACAAAUGGGUGUUACCUCUUACCAAAAUCUCAAUAGGACAGCAUCUGACAGACAUGUAUGACUACAACAACAAGUCUUAGCCUUUAGAAGCUGAUGAUGAUGAUAGAGGUUCAACGCCAACCUUCGAGGAGGACCAAGUAGAUCAGUUCUUGAUGUAAAAUUCGUUUAUCAGUUAACGGCAUCCCAAAUCACUGGAUGGACAGUGUUGAAUGAAGAAACUUGGAGCAGUCAUAAAUAUCUGUACUACAACGUUGCUAUAGAUAUGGGAAACCUGAACGUCACAUCAAGAGGAUGGGCAUUGAAAAAAUUAAGUAUCCAAAAACUGAAGGAAUACCUAAACGAUAAUAAUAAGCAUAAUGACGCGAGUGAAUUCAUGGAAGUACUUAAAACAGUAUGCGACUAUCAAUGUAGAGGCGAAACUAUGCACGGAGGCAACAUAGAUCCCAAUAUUGGUGGACGCAGGAAAUAA